AUGGACUUGUACAGUCGCUCCACUAUGUUCCCCAUGAUGCAUUAUGGUAUGUGGGAGGGUAGGGGAAGGGGGACAGAUGAUUUUGGUAUCCAAAAGAUGCGAUUACUUUAGAAAGUACAAGCUGAAUUUAUUUGUUUUAGCAUCCAAUGACAGUGAGCAGAUUCUUCAACAACAUCUCCAUUCACAAAGUCAACUUGGACAUCAAAAAGACCGAGGUCCGGCCUCAGAUCAGUCCCAAGAAUAUGUUUCAGCUGCUUAUGUAGCCGCUAACUUUUCCAACUUUCCACUGGUCGCGGCAGCCGCCUCUCAACUUAAUGGGAGUACCGGUAAUAACAACUCGGGUACCCAAAACACUUCUGGAUCUUCUUUGGGUGGGAUGGAAGAGUACCAGAUGAACCAAUUGCACCACAAUUCGUAAGGCCCCUUUUCGUAAUCCUAUUGCGUAACUUCCCGAAACGGUCACGGUUUUGAAACAUCUCCUAUUGGGCAACAUUCCCUUUCCUCGUCGCGUGCAUAAUUGAUGAGGGGUUACUGUAGGAGGAAAGACAGAGUCUCUCUCUUUGCCAAAAUACAAAAAACUACCAGAGAAUCUGCUAUUGGAAUAACUUUAGUACAAGUCGCCCCGAUGAUUAAACCAGUUCGGAAGCCAUUUAAAAUGGAGGUCAAUGAAGCCCAAUUAAAGUGUGGCAAAUCAGAGAAGGGGCGUUAAUUAGAGCCAUAACUAAUUGGCACCUCGGCUCGGUGUCCUUUUAUUCGGUUGGAGCCAAAUAAGCGGGAAAUCGGAUCGAAUAAAGGAGGUGGAUAAACUCGGAAAUUAUAAGGUGAAUUAAAGGGACGAUUACCUCACGAAAACAAAUAAAAGACCUACUGGGCAUAGACAAAGGUACUUACAAUUCAGAAUAUCAAAAAAAAAACAUAUGGCAUAGGCCCACACAAAAGGGAACUGGACCGGGGUGACCAUGAUUGACCUGUUAUUAGCGCCCAAAACAGGUGCGACAUGGACCGGAAAAAGCAGCGGAUGCGUUUGAUCUCACCGACCGUUGCGGAUAAAUCCGCCGAAAAUGAAGCCAAAGACUGUGCGAAGACUGUUAAAGAAGCCUCCGGCACUGCCUUGGAGAUUGGUCCCUCAGGCGACUCCGAAGUCUCCAAGGCUGAUCACCAAGAGACUGAUCUAAUGAUGCCAUGGCUUCAUCCGGAGGCGUCUGAAUUAUUUAUUCCCAAUCUUGUUACCAGGCUUCGGUUCUAUGGUUAUGCCCUCGGGUCACAAUUGAUUCCCUAG